CUGUUCCUCUCUGGGUGCCGGAGCUGCGUCAGGUCAGUUGCACCGGCCCCAGCUCCAGGAACACACCAGCACCAGCGCUGCAGCGGGGACCUGGCAGCACACGCAGCCCCAUCCCACCAGUGCCAUGGGCUUCGGGCCGGAGCUGUGGUGCCCGAAGGGGCACAGUGCACUGCUGCAGCUGCAGGACAGCGAGCUGCGCCUCCUGGAGCUGAUGAAGAAGUGGAUGUCACAGCGUGCCAAGAGCGACCGGGAGUACGCGGGGAUGCUGCACCAUAUGUUCUCUCAGCUGGAGAAACAGGAGGGCCUGGGGCAGUUCCAUGCCACUGAACACAGCAGCCAGAUUGGGGAGUCGUGGUGGAUCCUGGCAAGCCAGACGGAGUCACUGAGCCAGACGCUGCGGCGACACGCAGAGAAGCUGGCAGCAGGGCCGCUGGCCAAGCUGAGCAUGCUGAUCCGUGACAAGCAGCAGCUUCGCAAGGCCUUUAGUGAGCAGUGGCAGCAGCUCAGCCAAGAGUAUGCCCGGACCACGCAGCAGGAAAUGGAGAAGCUGAAGGCACAGUACCGCAGCCUGGUGCGUGACAGCACCCAGGCCAGGCGCAAGUACCAGGAGGCCAGCAAAGACAAGGAGCGGGAAAAGGCGAAGGAGAAGUACGUGCGCAGCCUCUGGAAGCUCUAUGCCAUGCACAACCAGUAUGUGCUGGCUGUACAGGCGGCCACGUUGCACCACCAGCACCACUACCAGCGUGCGCUGCCCACCCUGCACGAGUCCCUCUACAGCCUGCAGCAGGAGAUGGCCCUUGUUCUGAAGGAGAUUCUUGGGGAGUACUAUAGCAUCAGCAGCCUGGUGCAGGAGGACGUGCUGGCCAUCCACCAGGAGGUUGCCCACGCCAUCGAGAUGAUCGACCCCACCACUGAGUACAACAGCUUUGUUCAGUGCCACAGGUAUGACUCUGAGGUACCGCCGGCAGUGGCCUUUGAUGAGAGCUUGCUGGAGGAGACAGAGAGCCUGGAGCCAGGGGAGCUGCAGCUGAAUGAGCUGACCAUUGAGAGUGUACAGCACUCCCUGACAUCCAUCGAGGAAGAGCUGUUGGCCAGCAGGGAGGCAGUGAGCAGCAAGGAGCAGCGGGUGCGGGAGCUGCAGGCUGAGCUGCGGGGCGAGGAGCUGGCUCUGAGCCCUGGGGAGCGGGUGCACUUGCUGGGCAAGAGGCAAGGGCUGCAGGAGGCCCAGCAGCAGCUGCAGGGCUGCCUCUGUGCCCAGGCCAAGCUGCAGGCACAGCGGGAUAUGCUGGCCAACAAGCUGGCAGAGCUGGGCUCAGGGGAGCCCCCUCCCGCCUUGCCCCUGCAGGAAGACCAGCAGUCAGUGUCCUCCACGGAUCAGGAGCGCAGUGGGGUGACUGCCCUGGAGACCAUCAAGAACCACAUCUCAGGCAUCUUCGGUUCCAGGUUCUCGCUGCCGCCUCCUGUGCCCCUCAUCCCGGAGGUGCAGAAGCCGCUGUGCCAGCAGGCCUGGUACCACGGGGCCAUCCCACGCUCAGAGGUGCAGGAGCUGCUGAGCUGCAGCGGGGACUUCCUGGUGCGGGAGAGCCAGGGGAAGCAGGAGUAUGUGCUCAGUGUGCUGUGGGACGGGCAGCCCCGGCACUUCAUCAUCCAGGCUGCUGAUAACCUGUACAGGCUGGAGGGUGAUGGCUUUCCCACCAUCCCGCUGCUCAUCGACCACCUGCUGCAGAGCCAGCAGCCCAUCACCCGCAAGAGUGGCAUCAUCCUGACCAGAGCUGUGCUCAAGGACAAGUGGGUGCUCAACCAUGAGGACGUGCUGCUGGGGGAGCGCAUUGGCCGGGGGAACUUUGGGGAGGUGUUCAGCGGCCGCCUGCGUGCUGACAACACCCCUGUGGCGGUGAAAUCCUGCCGGGAAACCCUGCCGCCCGAGCUGAAGGCCAAGUUCCUGCAAGAAGCCAGGAUCCUCAAGCAGUACAACCAUCCCAACAUCGUCCGGCUCAUCGGCGUCUGCACCCAGAAGCAGCCCAUUUACAUUGUCAUGGAGCUGGUGCAGGGAGGGGAUUUCCUGAGCUUCCUGCGCAGCGAGGGGCCCCACCUGAAGGUGAGGGAGCUGAUCAAGAUGACGGAGAAUGCUGCGGCAGGCAUGGCGUACCUGGAGAGCAAGCACUGCAUCCACAGGGACCUGGCUGCCCGCAACUGCCUGGUGACAGAGAAGAACACCCUGAAAAUCAGCGAUUUCGGGAUGUCACGGCAGGAGGAGGAUGGUAUCUAUGCCUCCACGGGGGGCAUGAAGCAGAUCCCCGUGAAGUGGACUGCCCCUGAAGCUCUGAAUUACGGUCGGUACAGCUCGGAGAGCGACGUGUGGAGCUUCGGGAUCCUGCUGUGGGAGGCCUUCAGCCUGGGCGCCGUGCCCUACGCCAACCUCAGCAACCAGCAGACGCGCGAGGCCAUCGAGCAGGGCGUGCGGCUGGAGCCCCCCGAGCAGUGCCCCGAGGACGUGUACCACCUGAUGCAGCGCUGCUGGGAGUACGACCCCCGCAGGCGGCCGACCUUCGGCGCCGUCCACCAGGACCUCAUCGCCAUCCGCAAACGGCACCGCUGAGCGGCUGCGCCCGCCCGGGCGCGGGGCCGGAGGCGCGGAGGGCCGCGGCGCGUUCCUGCGGAAUAAAAGCCGGCUCU